AUGGAACCACUUCCAACAUCAUCUGAUUCGUCUAUUCCUACAAUCGCUUCAUAUUGUGACAAUCCUGUGCCAAACACUUGUAAUUUUUAUAUGAACUGUUUGGAAGAGAAAUUUCAUUGUGGACCUAAGGGGUAUCCAAUCAAUUAUGGAAAGAAGAAUUGCGAAAAAUUUAUCACUUCCAUAAAUAAGUUCAGUCCCGCCGGAAAAAAAUGGGUGACCAAUGUAAUGCUUUGUCUUCAAAGGGCAUUGGUCUCAAGUUACGAUAACAACAAGACUACCUGCACAGACAUAUAUAAUACGGCAUUUGAUUCUCAUGCUCCAUGCUAUAUAACUUCUGGCAUAUGCAUUCUUCCGCCAACAGAUUGGGAAGUUUUAUUUGAAACUAUCGGCUUCAAGACCUUAUUUGGAAACUUGAAAAUCAUCAUACAAGCAUUGAAAACUGCAGGUGAAUGCGCUACUUUCUACGUUUGGUUCCUCGCGGAAGUAUGUAAAUCGCUUUGCGAAAUAUAA